AUGAAACCCUAUGUCUAGAAAAACAAGAAGGACUCCCCCUUGGUUCAGUAAUCAAAAGCAAUGAGUUAUUUGUUGAGACAUGGAGCCUAGAAGGAAGGUAUUCCAAUCAGAUAAGAUGGUUUUGUGUUGGUUUAAGAUCUACUCAAUUGGAAGUCGAUGGCCAAUCUUAAAGCAAAUGUUCAAAGUAUCAGGAAUGUAGUGGAUAAUAAUGACAAGAAGAGAUUUGAACUGAAAGAAAUAGAUGGAUAAUUGUAUAUUAGAUGUGUCUAGGGACACACCAUUGAAAUAAAUGAGGAAGAACUAUUGGGAGAAAAUACCUAGUUUCCUGUCAUUGUACAUGGUACAUACUUCUAGGCUUGGGAGUUGAUUAAGAAUACUGGAUUAAAUAGGAUGGCAAGAUAGCAUAUACACUUUGCAGUAGGAUUACCAGGAAAUGAUGCAGUAAUCAGUGGAAUGAGAAACACAUGCGAAGUCAUUAUAGAGGUGGAUAUGGAAAGAGCAAUGAAGGCAGGCAUUGAAUUUUAUGUUUCUAAAAAUGGAGUAGUGUUGUCAAGUGGAAUUGAUGGUGUGAUUGCACCGUAAUUUUUUAAAAGAGUAACCACAAGAAAGGGAUAAGACAUUCAUUUUUAAUAAUAAUAAAUAUGA